AAACACGGCGCUUCUGCUAGACUCCUUCAGAAAGCGAAGAACAGCCACCCGACAACAAGCUCUCUCUUCAGUGACUGUUGGUGAGGAAGUCAGCAAAAUAAGUGUCCGCAAUGGCCCCCGUUCCACACUCGUACGACCUGAAGGUUUCCGCGCGUGAGGCAAGCCCCUGCCAGUGCGAAGAACCGUCCAAGAGAAGGUGGGACGUGGCCUUGCCCAUCAGUCGAAGGGGAAGCUUCUUCCAAGACUCGUUCUUCUCGGACGUGCACGACGAGUUCGACGCCACCGUCAGGAGGGUUCUGGCCAGGUGGAGAGACACCGAUUUCAGUCUGAGAGAUUGCUGGGACGACAAUUGUCGGUACAGCGAUAUUUUGAAACGCUACAGACAACUUCGAUCUCUCAAUCUGAAGGAGGAGGACCAAGCUGUCACCGUCACAUCAGACACAUCGGGUCAUAAGAUUGCGGUGGAUGUACACGACUUCCUGGAUGGAGAAGUGAAGGUGAAAGCGGAGGGCGAGGAGGUGGUGGUGGAAGGACGUUUGGAGAGGAGAGAAAAAGGAGGCUCAUCCGUGUCCUCACACUCCUUCACACGCCGCUUUUCCUUGCCUCCUUUCACCGAUAUGGCAGCCAUCACGUCUGUCAUGUCUUCAGAUGGCAUCCUAACUAUAACUGCCCCGAAAAUGGAGGACCAGUCUCACCAAAAGACUACUGUUGUUCCCAUCAAGCUCGAAGAAGCUGAGAGCUCAUCAGCUUCCAAAACUUCGGAUAAGAAUGAAGCCAGUUCCGUUGAAAAUACCAGCGAGGAAUCCAAUUGCUCACGAAAACCUAUCUGUGAAACAAUAAAGAAGGAAAGCAUAAACAUUCCAAGUCGUGCCAAAGAAGUACCCACAGUCAACAGUGUUCAACCACGGUCUGUGGAAAUUGACAUUUCAAAGGAGUGCAUUAAUGAUGAUGUUUGUGGCGUUGAGAAGCAAGGAAAUGUUAAAACGACUGAAAGAACAAACCCUGACAUCACUGAUGAAUCAAACCUCGUCUGUAAAGAACUAGACUCGACAGGACUGGAAAUUUCUCGCCAAAGAUUCUGGGAUGAAUUCCUACCAAUUACUCGAAGAGGAAGCUUCUUCCAGGACUCCUUCUUCUCCGACAUGCACACAAAGUUUGACGCCGCCAUAAGGAAGGUCUUGAACAGGUGGAGCAGCAAUGAGCUCGAGUGGACAGACACUUGGGACGACGUGGGUUUUCACUACAAAGAUAUCCUGGAGCGAUACAGAGAGCUUCGAUCCCGUCACCUGGAAGAAAACCUCGCCGUCACUGUCACGUCAGACAAAACAGGUCAUAAGUUUGUUAUGGAUGUUCAUGAUUUUAUGGACGGUGGCGAGGUCAGCGUGAAGGCUGUGAACGAGCGAGAGUUGGUGGUCGAAGGUCACUUGGAGAAGAAGGAAGACGGUUCCAAGUCCAGCAAGCAGUUCCUUCGGCGCUUCGUUGUUCCUGGAGACAUUGAGGUGGAGGCCGUCACUUCGGUCAUGUCUUCUGACGGCGUGCUGACAGUUUCGGCUCCGAAGAAGAAGUGCCAAAGGAAGGAAGCCGUUGUUCCAGUUCAGUUGGAAAGUAAGGAGGAAGAGGCAGUUCGCGCCGGUCACGGAGGAAGCCCGGCAGAUGUGCUCGUGUCUCCAGACGAAGCUGAAAAGAAAGGCUCAUCUGCAGACCUGCUGAGCCCCACGUCAGACGAUGACGACGAGGAAGGAUACACAUUCAUCGUGAGACGGCCUGGAAAUUCCUAUGGCGUUUCCUUCGGGGAUGAUGAAGAUUCACAUGCGUGGAAGAGGGAAUCCUCAGCGGGGGAUUCCAGGAGCAAGUGUGCUUUGAAGAGUUCAGGAUUGGAUUGCGAAAGCAGGAACUUGGCCAUCGUCAGGAAGGGCCUGUUUGCUGACGAUUGCUGCUUCGAGAAUGUUCGUCGUAACUACAGUCAGGCUGUGAGACAAGUUUUGGAAAAGGCCAAUGAAUGGUCCUGUGGAAGUGACGCCUUGGACAAGUACAGGAAACUUCGUCAGCAGAAAGUCAGUUUAGAAAAUCAAGCAGUAGGUGUCUCAGAGGAUUCAGAAUCACAUCAGAUCGUGAUGGACGUGUUGGACUUCCUUGGCGGCGACGUGACAGUGCGGUUGGUGGAAGGAAAGGAGCUGCUGGUGGAGGGUCAAGCAGAGAGGCAGGACGGAGGCAGAGUGUCCCGAGUGAGCUUCGUGCGUCGCUUCGCCUUGCCUGAGCUCGUCGAGCGAGACGCCGUCAGCUGCGUGUUGUCCUCGGACGGAAUCCUGACGAUCGUCUCCGAGAAGAAGGGAGACGCCCUGGCCAGCGCGACCGCAGGAGUGCCCAGUAGGAUGGAGUCCUAUCCUGGCAUGGGCAGAGGUGGAGGGCUGAAGGGCGCUGGAGACUUUGAGGAUUCAGGAUCCCAAGAUUCAGAACCGGUUCCUGCAUCAAGCAUAAGCUGUGCAAUAAGUACCAGUCUGCACUGGUUUCCUGAGAGCUGCAAUUUCUAUAGACCGUAA